UUUAAAUAUUGCAUGCUGUUAUUCUAUUGCAAGUGCUCUUAUGAUCUAUAAAGUCUUUAAAUAUCUCUAGUUAUCUCAGAUAUGUGUGAAAGACUGUUUCCCCCAUUACUUUUGGGCACAUGGGAGGAGUUCUGUUUCCAUGGAGAUGCGUCAUCACGCUCAAACGACCUUCACUCUGAUAGAACGCUGUGAGUUCUAUCGCGCUACCAACUAACAAGUUUGUAGAUGUUAAUGCAAUAUUAUCUCUUUUAAUGCUUAUUAAAAUUACAUUUAUCGUAAAUUCAAAGUGAAAACAGCACGUGUCUUCAUAAGCAACGUACUCGUUUUAAACUGAAGUGCUGGGAUAGCCGUGAGUAAUGGCAUCGUUUAGAGAACGACGGAUUAAAGGCACUUCUCAAACAACAAACACGCGGGAGGAGAUUUCAGUUAAAAAAGGAUUUCACGUCCCACCUUUGACUGCCACAAUGAAAGAGAGCAAAAAGAAAAGGAAAGACACAACAAAAGAGAAAAAGAAAUCGAGAAAUUGCAUUAACCAAUCUAAGGAUUCAGAGAAACUCCAGACAGAGCAGUGGACCAAUGGAGAGAUAAGUGAUGCUCACAGCAAAGAUCAUGCCAAAGCCAAAGAACGAAAGAGCAGCAAAUCCAAAAAUCCCAAGGUUGUAUCAGAAGUGGCUUCGGUUCCAAAUGAGGAGGACAAAUCUGAUUUGACCCACCUUGAACAGGACAGCUUGAGGUGGGAAGGAGCUCUGGAAGACCCCAUUGCAGAGGCCCAGCGGUUGGAGGUCUACAGAGCCAAUCGCCGUAAACGUUACAUGGCAUCAAGACAGGCUUUUCUACAGAACAAUCACACCGGAAUGUGCAUAGACUCUAACAGCUCAAAACUAAAUACACAAAGCAAGCCUGGAGUUUUAGCAUGAAGAACUUUGUCUUUUUAUCAGUCUACUAUCAUGUGCAGAGUCUUUGAGGUAUUAGGUUUUGUGGGUGUUUUUGGUGUUAUUAGUAACAUAGCUGUAGUGAGAAUGUUCUUUAGGCCUGAAUGCAAUAAUUUCUAUGGAUACUCUCAGGCCUACUGUUAUAAAAUGCAUUAUAUUGUGCCUAUACAUUGAUCCCUGUUUUUUUUACCAUUUCAGUUCUGCAUCCUAUAAGCUGUUCAGUUCAUGCAGUCAGCCCUCUACUGAAUCAUUUUACAAUAUAUUAAAAUAGAAAAGAGUUAUUUUUGGUGAGCAUAAGAGACUUCAAUAACAUUAAAGCAUCUUACCUUUAAUAUAUUCUCACAUUCUUGUAUCAAACAAAUCACUAUCAUUAAUGAAAGUAACAAAGUCCAAACCAGAAAAACAUAAUCAUUUAUUGCUUUUUAAGGGUUACAGAUGUUUAUGAGCAUGACAAAUGUGCUGUAUUUUU